GAAGAACAGAAGCAGAAGCAGAAGAAGAAGAUUCUCGCGACAAUUCCGUUUCUUGCAGCCUGUCCUUCCUACGACCGAAAUGGGGUACUGGGACCUACCAGAGGGCACAGCUUGUGUCGAGAAAACAUGGAUCACUACCAAACUGGCUACGGCCUUGGGCCUGGUUGGCUCAGCAUACCAAAUAGUGGUAUUCCAGCCUGACUCUGCAUUGGCAGCAGUACAAAGGGCUACAAAUACAACCGUAACCAUGGCAACCAUGGGGGCCAUAUUUGGCAUGGCAACAUGUCUCAGUGCUCAGGCUCGAGAGGCCCCAGACGACCCACUGAAUUACUUCGUUGGGGGCUGUGCAUCAGGCAUCUUCCUGGGAGCCAGAACCCACAGUGCUAUGACAGGUACAUCAGCGUGUCUGGGUCUGGGUACACUGGCUUUCUUCACAAAAAUCGGCAAAACGGAGGGCUGGAAGCUAGUUGGACCACCCAAACUAUGAGGAGGAAGAUGGCUGUGUGAUGAACCAUAUAUUGUACAAAGAGUUAAUGUAAUAAUAAAGUUCUUGUAUGAAAGUAAA